AUGUUUGGACCAAUCAUUUCUGCUAAUAAAACUGGUAUUAAAAAUAGCGACAGUGCUACAAGUGAUCUUAGAGCAUUUACUAAUAUCAGUAAGUUUUAUGGUGGAUCUCUUUGAAAAUCAAAACAAUUUUAAAUCAUUCUUAACUUUAUUCAUAUAAAAAUUGAUGAAAAUAGAACUGGAACAAUCAUUUUUAAAUUCUACUAGCAUCUGUCUUUCAUUUGGAAAAUACAAUGAAAUUUUAUUAAAGCAAAAAACUAAGACUAGCAGUCAAUACAAAAUAGAAUUUAUUCGAAAAAAUGUUCUAUAUGCCUAUUCAGUGCUUUGAGUAUUAAUUAUUUCUACAAAUAGAUAUGCAAAAGGAAUUGUUCAUUUUAUGUGCCAAACUUAUUAUUACUGUUGAUUUGUAACUAAAUUGAGUUGCAUCUAUUCUGCUUUUUUUAAAGAUUAAACUAAUUCAAUAGAAUACCUGUAUCUUACAAAAGGUAAUGUAUUUAGAUAUCUUCUGUAAAGAUUUAAUUAAUCAUGUUACUUCGAAAAUUAUCUUUAUAAAUAAUCUUCAUUUUAAGAAAGUAAUAGAAGUACUUCUCUGAAAAAAAAAAGGAGUUUUACAGAACCCUUCGAAAAGGUUCUGUAGAUUUCGAAAAGUCUCCAAAUGUGUCCAAAGUCUCAAAAAAAGGAUAAAAAAUUCUACAGAACCUUUUGAGGGUUCUGCGUUUUACCCACUCGCAGAACCAUCUCUUACAGAACCUUUUUUUAGGUUCUGUACAGCAAAAAAAGGUUCCGUGAGAAAAUACGAAACCUUAAGGGUUCUGUACUACACCUUGAUGGUUCUGUAC